UCUUCCCCGCUGACGUUAGCCUAGGUUACCGCGGAGCGCGUGUUGUAGGAACCGGGCGAUUCUCAAGGACUCGCCUUCUUGGAGUAUUUUGAUUGUUCAUUAUUAUAUCCACCCAGCAACAUGGCAGGAUUGGUUCUUUGUGAACCCACUGAACUUUACAAUAUCUUGAACCUCACCAGGUUAACUGAGCCAAACUAUCUCUGCCUAUUGGAUGCCCGUAGAAAGCAUGAGUACAAUGAAAGCCAUGUGAUUACAGCGAGAAGAGUUAAACAAAGUCCCAAAGGAGAAUACCUGGUACCUGAAUCAGCUGAGCUGGAGUGCGUUAAGUAUUGUGUUGUGUACGAUGGCAAAACCAGCUCCUUGGAAGAUUAUCAUUAUGAGGAGGAUGAAGAAGGGACUGAAUCUGCUGAUGACAGCUCUACAGAUGAAUCUAGUUCUUCAUGCUCCAAAAAUGCUGAAGUAGGCACUGCCGUCCAAUGUGCCAGAGUCUUAGAGCAGUUUACUCAUCACCCAGUUCGCAUCCUGAAAGGUGGAUAUGAACGUUUCUCUGCCUGCUAUCAUUUUUUGAGAACUCAGAAAAUAUUCUGGAUGCCUCAGGAACUAGAAGACUUUCAGCCAUAUCCAGUAGAGAUACUGCCUGCUAAGCUAUAUAUGGGCAAUUUGAGGCAAGCCUGUGACCGUCAGAUUCAGAAAGAUCUGAAGAUCAAAGCACAAAUCAACAUCUCAGAGGACACAGCAACACUUUUCACAGAAGAAAAUGAAAAAUCCCUUCAUAUUUCUGUCCCGGAUUCUCCUGAUGCAGAUUUGUUUUCCUUUUUUCCCAAUAUUUGUCACUUCAUAGAUACUCAGAUUACUCAUGGAGCAGUACUGGUUUUCUCUGGCCUGGGUAUAAGUCGAAGCAGCACAGCAGUAAUAGCCUUCCUCAUGCAUUCAUCCUUUUUCCCCUUAAAGAGGGCUUGGAAUCAUGUCCUGCAAUGCAAAACAAACAUGAGGCCAAAUCGGGGUUUUGUGCAGCAACUGUCAGACUGGGAAAGCAAGCUCUUCAGGACUGUGAUCACGGAUAUCUCGGAACCAAAUUAUUAAGUGAGAACAAUCAAUGGGCAAAGGGGCCUUUCUGUCUGAGUCACAGCAGAACUUAGGCCAUGUGUCACCAGAUGUUGUUUACAUCAUUUUGAGUCAAAGUUUGAAGACCAUAUUCAAGCUUGUUCAUGUUGAAAGUCAGUGGAAAUUGUAUAUAAGCAAAGACUUUUGGUUUGGACCCAUUUUGUUGCAACUUUUACUUCCAUCAGAUGAAGCCAUUGAAAAGCUGUCCAUUGAUCUCCAACCUGGGAAAGACAAUGGGUACUUUAGCAAGCACAACUGUUUCAAAAACAUGCAAACAUGGAUUGUUAACGUCCCAGAUAAUCACUUCUACAUCCUCUCAAACACCCAGGAAGUAACAGGGUCCAUGCCUUCAUGUGCAUUUCUGUCUCCCAUUGACUUCAGUGCUUGGCCUCAGUCUCUUCAGUCACAACUUGUACAUCUCCCAGCCUUCUGUUUGGAUCCUCACACUGCAGUAGUAGUCAGACUUUUUUGCACAGAAGUUGUAUUUGAAGAUCCUUUCCUAAUAUAUGAGAUACAAAUUAAAGCCUGCCCUGCCCAAAGUCAA